AAGUUUUCUUUCAUUCUUUGAACAAGAACCAUCGUUGAACAAGAAUCAUCGUGGCCUUCCAACUUUCUCUCUAAAUUUGAAGCAAAUUAAUGUCAUCGUGGCCUUGAACCAUCAUUGAGGAGUUAUGGACAUAUUUUUCCCUCCAAGUGAACAAACAUUUCCCUCCAUCUCUCACUAUAAAACCAAAUUAUCUCCCUCUCUGUCAUCAUACUACCACUAUACUCUUUGUUCUGUUUCCCCCUUUAUUCACCCUUAUUUGAUUUGUAAUUCUGAAAAUGUCUUCACAACCCGUGAUUGGUGGAAGUUCGGCUGCAAGUUCUGCAACAAUUGCCAGUGUUGGAACUGGAGGUAAUGUUAGACAGAAUAGAAACACUGCUGGAAUGAAAAGUGACAUUGCUUGGAACCAUGGUGUUGCAGUAGAUGCAACUAGAAGGAAAAUCAAAUGCAAAUACUGUGAGAAGAUCAUCUCUGGAGGUGUUUACCGUUUGAAGCACCAUUUGGCAGGAACACAAAAGGAUGUUGUAGCCUGCUUAUGCGUUCCAAUUGAAGUUAAGGUUCAGAUGUGGGAUGUUGUUGCAUCCUUGCAACAAAAACUUGUUAAGAAAACACAGACUGCAGAGUUUGAGGAACAAAUUAAUGUCAUUGUUGAAUCGGCGGAUGAAACCGGAAAAAGAAAAAUCUUUGCAGAUGCUGAUGGUGCAGCCAAUCUUUUUAAGAGAAAGAACAAUCAAACUACUAUCAAUAGCAUUUUCAAGAAGAGUGUGAGGGAAGAUGCAUGCAUGGAUAUUGCUUCUUUCUUUUACAACAAUGCUAUUCCUUUCAAUGCGGUGAAGAGUGAAGAAUUUCUGAAGAUGUGUGCUUCUAUUGCCCGACAUGGUAUAGGAUUUAAGCCAACAUCAUACCAUGAGCUAAGGGUGACAUAUUUGAACAAACAGGUUGAAGCAACAAAGCUGAUUUUGGAAGAACAUAAAGCUGUUUGGAAGAAAACAGGAUGCACCAUUAUGACAGAUGGGUGGACGGACCGAAGGAGGAGAACUAUACUUAAUUUUUUGGUAAAUAGUCCUAAGGGAACUAUUUUCCUUAAGUCUAUUGAUGCAUCAGACAUCACCAAGACAGCUGAUAAAGUAUUCAAGAUGAUGGACGAGAUCGUUGAUGAGAUUGGGGAAGAAAACGUUGUUCAAGUCGUCACGGACAAUGCAGCAAACUAUAAGGCAGCAGGCGAAUUGUUGAUGCAGAAGCGGAAGCACUUGUAUUGGACACCUUGUGCCGCUCACUGCAUCGACUUGAUGCUGGAGGAUUUUGAGAAAAACAUGCCCCUCCACAAGGAGACAAUCGCUACUGGUAAAAGAAUUACAACUUAUAUCUAUUCAAGAACUGGCCUUAUGUCUUUAUUGCAUCAUUUUACUAAAGGUGGAGACUUGAUUAGACCUGCUGCCACUCGCUUUGCCACUUCCUAUUUGACCUUAGGAUGCUUGAAUGACAAUAAGGGAGCAUUGAUAAGAAUGUUCACAUCUCAGCAGUGGAAAUCUAGUGCUUUUUCAAAGUCGAAUGAUGGAGUUUUUGUUGAAAAUCAGAUUACAGAUAAGGGAUUUUGGAAAAAUAUCAUCAUCUGUUUGAGGGGUGCAUUUCCCUUAAUCAGUGUGCUGCGCAUGGUAGACUCUGAUGAAAAGCCAGCCAUGGGAUCCAUUUAUGAAGCCAUGGAUCAAGCUAAAGAGAAGAUACAAACUGGCUUCAACGGGGUUCAGAGGAGCUACACUCCCUUAUGGGAAAUCAUUGACAAAAGAUGGGAUAAACAGCUGCACAGGCCAUUGCAUGCUGCCGGUUAUUACCUUAACCCUGUGAUGCACUACAGUCCUACUUUUAAGGCUGAUUAUGAAGUUAAGGAGGGAAUGUAUGAGUGCUUAAAAAGGAUGGUGGGAAACAGGGAUGAAAGAAUUAAGAUUGAUGCUCAAUUGGAGGAAUUCAAAAGUAAAGUUGGAAUGUUUGGUAGUGAAUUAGCUACAUGUGCACUUAAGACCAAAACUCCGGCACAGUGGUGGGAAUCGUAUGGUGAUACAUGUCCGGAGUUGCAAAGGUUUGCUAUUCGAAUAUUGAGCUUGACAUGUAGCUCAUCCGGCUGUGAACGUAAUUGGAGCGCCUUUGAGAGAGUCCACACCAAGAAAAGGAAUCGUUUAAAGCAAAAGACCAUGAAUGAUGUGGUCUUUGUGAUGGUAAAUUCAAGACUAAACAAGAAGAAGCAAGCUAGGAAAGGAAAGAAUUAUGACAUUGAUGAUCUUGCUUCUGAUGAUGAAUGGGUUGAGGAUAAUGUUGAACAUAAUUCAGACUCGGAUUUGGAUGCUCCAAUUGAAGUUGGAGAAGAAAAUGCUAAUGGUGGUAUUGGUGCUGCACUAGGAGAUGAUUUGGAGAUUCCUAAUGACAUUGGUCAUGCUGAAGAUGAAAUUGAUGAGAAUGAAGAUCAUAUGGAGGAUGAUUUCCCUGAUUUAGGAUUGAAUAAUAUCAUGGAUAUCUAGAGUAGUAGUUUUACAUUAGGAUUAAGUUAUUUACUUAUGUUUGAAUUAUUUGCUUCUGUGUGAACUUAUUUGAUUUGUUUGAGUUUUGAAUUUUAAUCUUUAUGUUUGAGGUUACGAUCCUACGGUUUUGUAUUACAAUCCUUUUCCGAUCUAUGGUCAUCUAUUUUGGUAGGAUCUUACGAUUCGUGUUACGAUUAUCCGAGUUACGAACUAUUACCCUUCCCCCGAUCCUAAUCCGAUUUACGGGUUUCACAACAUUGGUAA